ACCAACUAUAGAAGUAAACAAUGUCACCGUUCCUUCAUCUGAAAACAUCACAAUCAUCAGAGACAAUACCUUUCUUAUUAGAUGUGACAGUUCAAGUAAUCCAACUCCGAGCUUACAAUGGACAGUGCCUGAUGGAACAAUUAAUCCUGGAAAAACAAUUAAUAUUGCUAACGUACAGACAAGUAAUGAAGGGAGCUAUCAUUGCACGGCGAAAAACGCAAUGAAUCCUUCUAGUGGUGAUAUUGUUUCUAGUAUUAAUGUCGCCUUUGUGAGCAUGAAAGUGUUAUAUCCACCGGCAACCCCAAUAUUUCGAUAUGAGAACCUCAGCGGUCCUCUUAUUGGUAACAUGUCUAUGAAUAUGGUUCUUGGUGAUACCUUUACUGUAGCAUGUAUUUCAAACGGGGAACCUGAGCCUAACUUUAAGUGGAGUAACCAGAAAAUGAAAGGUCAGAUAUUGACAGUUACGUCGUUGUCGCGUGAUUUGGCAAGAACAUGUACAUCAACAAAUGUAAUGAAGGAAUCUGUUGGAGAAAGCCGGGAAGGACAGACAAAAGCAACACUUUCAGUAUUUGUACUACGUAUGAAUUUUCACUUGUAA